GACCCCGAAGGCUACUAUAGUGUUAUUUUGGGUGAGCAGCUAGAUGGUGGCCGCUAUCAAGUAUUCUCUUCUCUUGGCAAAGGCAUGUUCGCCAACGUCGUCCGGGCCCGGGUGUUACAAGGCGAGUUGGGCGAGGUUGGCAAGGAAGUGGCCAUCAAGAUCAUCCGAUGCCAGGAGUCAAUGUACCGAGCAGGCUUGAAGGAGGUCCAGAUUCUCAAUAAGCUGAAGCAAGCUGACCCGGAUGAUAAGAAGCACAUUGUGCGACUUGAGCGUACGUUUGAGCAUCGGGGUCAUCUUUGCCUGGUGUUUGAAUCAAUGAGCAUGAACCUUCGCGACGUUGUCAAGCGAUUUGGAAAAGACAUUGGCCUUAACAUCCGCGCUGUCCGUGCUUAUGCCCACCAGCUUUUUUUGGCCUUGAGCUUGCUCCGGAAAGCAAACAUAAUGCACGCUGACAUAAAGCCUGAUAACAUUUUGGUCAAUGAAAACAAAACGGUACUCAAGUUGUGUGACCUUGGGUCAGCCUCUGAUGCGUCGGAGAACGAUGUCACCCCUUAUCUCGUCAGCAGAUUCUAUCGCGCUCCCGAGAUCAUCCUCGGCGUUCCCUACGACCCCUCUCUCGACAUCUGGUCGAUUGGGUGCACACUGUAUGAACUCUACACGGGCAAAAUCCUUUUUCCCGGUCGAUCUAACAAUCAGAUGUUACUUCUUAUGAUGGAGCUCAAGGGGCGCUUCAACAGCAAAGUGAUCAAAAAGGCUGCAUUUGGUGACACAUACUUUGACGAUAUGGGUGGGUUUGAGAGCGUCGAAAAAGACCGGAUAACGGGGAAUGAUGUCGUAAAGAAGGUACACAUCUCAAAGCCGACGCGGGAUUUACGGGCUCGAUUGAUGCCGCCUGCAUCGGUGAAGAUGAAGGAUGAUGAAAACAAGAUGAUCGUGUCUUUCAUCGACCUCCUGGAUAAGUGUCUCUCGCUAGACCCCAGCAGGAGGAUCACCCCUCGCGAGGCGCUUGCGCACCCCUUCAUUCGUGGAUGA